AUGGCCGCUGGAAUAUACAGGAAACUCGUCAGAAGCUUCAAGCCAUUCUCUACCGAUGAGAUCCCCUCCACUCUCCUGGGUGACUAUCACGUCCGGAAUGAGGGCUAUCGACCAUCGAAUGUUCAACGACUUUACACUGUGAUCGAGAAGGAUAUUAACAUUGUGGCUCAGCAUGUUGUGGUCGAAAAACAAGUGACACGCUACAAUCCCGCGGUUUUUGACACUCUGAACAAGGACUUCCACGCAGGGAGGAAGCUCAACUGCCAAGCGAGAUUUAUGAUAUUUAAAACGAUUGAGGAACCUACUAAGUACCUCCUAUCCCGGGAAAACUGGCCUCUGGAAUGUAUCGCAAGCAUCGAUGGUUCAACCGUCCACUGGCCACUGAGAUCCGAGUUUUCACUUCUUUUCUAA